ACUAAAUAUGUGCACAAAUUCUCUUCUAGCAACACAGAAAAGUGUUAGACAAAGGAAAACCGGAAGACAUAAUGCCCUCUGUAAAAGGAACAAAGGAACGCUUGCCAACAGUGCCUUUAUCUGGAAUGUACAACAAAUCAGGUGGGAAAGUGAGGUUAACGUUUAAACUGGAGCAGGAUCAACUCUGGAUCGGAACCAAGGAGAGAACAGAGAAGCUCCCAAUGGGCUCGAUCAAAAAUGUUGUAACUGAACCUAUUGAAGGACAUGAUGACUAUUACAUGAUGGUAGGUACUAAGACAGUGGUCCUCAAAGUUGUGCCCGCAGGCAAAUUCGUGCCCACGAAGCCAGACAAUUGUGCCCGCGGCAGCUGUUCUUAA